GUGUAAACACAGAAGCUAACGGAGGCUAAGCUAGUCCUCCUCCCGCUCCUCCUCCUACUCCUACCGCCUCGUCCUCCCGCACUUUGACCCCCAUCUCCGGGUUUAAAUGGCCGGUGUCGCCCUGAGAAGCUGCGCUGCCUGGCGUUUGGGGCAAAUAACAAGGAUGGUUGGAUCCUCCAUUGUUCACAGAGUCCAGGUCCACACCACAUCUUCUCCACUGAUGGGUGCGACGGUGGAACAGUUUGAGCAGGCAAAGAACAAACUAUCGACGCUGAAGAAUGACCCAGGAAAUGAAGUUAAACUGAAGAUCUACGCUCUGUUCAAACAGUCCACUCAGGGUCCCUGUAACACCCCCAAACCCGGGAUGCUGGACUUUGUCAAUAAAGUCAAAUGGGAUGCGUGGAAGUCUCUGGGGUCGUUGUCUCAGGAGGACGCUAGGCAGCAGUACUGCGACCUGAUUGGCUCCCUGGUACAGGCAGAAGGUGGAAGCUCCACCCCGGUGGCCGCACAGCCUGCUGGGAGUUCAACCGCAUACAACACGCUGCUGGUCACCACAGAGGAUGACAUCACCACCAUCAAACUGAACCGACCAGCCAAGAAGAAUGCCAUCACCACCGAGAUGUACAAUGAGAUCAUCGCGGCGCUGGAGCAGGCGGCGAAAGACGACUGCGUCCUGACGGUUUUCACAGGAGCCGGAGACUUUUACUGCAGUGGAAACGACCUGACCAACUUCACCAAGAUCCCAGAGGGAGGGGUGGAGCUUAUGGCCAAACAGGGUGGAGAGCUGCUCAGGAAAUACGUGAAGGCCUACAUCGACUUCCCGAAGCCGCUGGUUGCCGUGGUGAAUGGGCCAGCCGUGGGCGUGUCCGUCACAGUGCUGGGACUGUUUGACCUGGUGUAUGCUACUGAGCGGGCGACCUUCCACACCCCCUUCAGUCAGCUGGGCCAAAGCGCCGAAGGAUGCUCCUCCUACACCUUCCCCAAGCUAAUGGGCGCCGCCAAGGCCAGUGAGAUGCUGCUGUUCAAUAAGAAGCUGACGGCGGUCCAGGCCUGUGAGCUCGGUCUGGUCACUGAAGUUUUCCCUGACAGCACCUUCCAGUCAGAGGUUUGGACCCGACUGAAGGCGUACGCUAAGCUGCCGCGCAAUUCACUGGCUUUGUCCAAACAGCUGAUCCGCUCAGUGGAGAAGGAUCGUCUUCACGCUGUCAAUGACGCUGAGGUGGAGCGACUGACGGAGCGCUGGACAUCCGACGAGUGCUUCAACGCCGUCAUGAGCUUCUUCCAGGCCAAGGCCAAGCUGUGAGAUAGACAGACAGACAGACAGGAGGUGUGUGGUUGUAGGGUUAUUUGUGGCUGUUCAUGGUGGACUUCAUCAAACACACCUCCACGGAAACAUCUUCACUGCGUCUCUGUGGAUUAAGCCUGCAGCGGUUAGUUCAGGUUUACAUGUCAGACUCAGAUCCAGUGGUGUCUGGACUUUAGGAGGUCAUGAGGUUAGAGACGGCAGCAUCUAUGAUCCGGUGCACACAUGGUUAAAUGAAGGUGUUUGGAGCGUAAGCAUAUCGUGACCCACAGAGACACAGUGAACUACAUGAACACGGUGGGAGUCAUUAACCCUCAUGCAUCACUCCGGACAUUUUUUUUUUUUUUUUUUGUAAUUAUCUUUUUAUUUGGAAAGGCAAAUGUCCAUCACAUACAUUAAUUACAGCCUUAGUCAUUCAAAAACAC